GAUGUGAAAACGGACAGCUUUUCCGCUGGUACCGUGAACGCUCCUCCACUGCGCCAGCAUGGAGCGACCGCAGCGCUGGAGAUGACGCACUCGACCGCGCUCCGCUCCCAAAAAAAGUGCUUCAGCGCGCGAACAUGGCGGCGACUUAACGCGGGGGGCGACAUGAUCGCGGCCGAUCUGGACAUCGACGGAGAAGCACCGAGGAGACCCGCGCUGCACACACGGAGGAGAGAGCACCGCGCCUUCCGCUGACCAACACAGAGCGAGAGAGAGAGAGACAGAUACAGAGAGAAAGCGAGAGAGAGGCGGCAGGUUCUCACCAGCGCAGCCCGGGGGAGGGAGAAAGAAACAGAGAGAUAGAGAGAGAGGGGGGAGAGAAAGAAGGGCAUGGUGCUGUGGAGAAGGAGGAGAAGAAGCGGGGUGAGCUCCGGAGAGCCACGCGCGAGGGGAAUAUGAGUGGCCUAAUCCGUGCCAGCGCGUUAACCGAACCGGAAUAGGGGAUCGACACAGAGAGAGAGAGAGUGUGUGUGAGAGAGAGAGAGUGCGAGAGGGCGAGAGAGUGCGAGAGAGAGAGAGAGUGUGCGAGUGAGAGAGAGAGACAGAGAGAGGGAGACCAUUUCCGUCUUUUCCAAAAAAGAUAAAUACGUAUUAAUGAAAUUAAGAAAAUAAAACACAGGGGUUACAAAUAAUAACAUACACUCACAAACCCCAAGUCAAUGAAUAUUGUGGCCACCCAGGAGCCGCCGCGGUGGAGUGGGCCAGCGCUGCGCUUUCCUAAAAUAUGACCAGCGGCGCUCGGACGUGUCGGCAGCAAGAUGAUGAUGAUGAUGACGGCUUAAAAACGUGGUGGUGGUGCGCGCCCCGCGAGGACCCGAUAAAGCCAGCGUUCAGCGACUCAGAAAGGGCCCACAGAUGGCGACUGUCCCUCGCCUGCCUCCUCCUCUUCCUCGCCGUGCUGCUCUCUGACCGUCUGUGGCUGCGCGCCGAGGCCGCGCUGGCCAGGGCCGGGUCCGGCUCCAGCGCGCUGCUCUCCGCCGGCGCCUCGCGCCAGCCCGUGCGGCCGCUGGCCUCGUGCCGCCCGGACAGCGUGUCCAAGCGUUGCUUCGCGGCGGAGGAGGACGCGGCGGCCGCGGUGUGCUCGGGCCUGUCCGGCGCCGAGUGGAACCUCAGUGACCUGUACCUCGCCUUCUGCGACUCUUACUCCCUCCUGGAUCUGUUCCACGGCCUGCGCGCGCCGCCCAACGCCAGCAGCUGCGGCCUCGCCAUGGCCCAGGGCAGCGACGACGGCCACGGCGACGGCUACGGCGCGGAGGGCUGCGUACGCUGCGUGCGCGCCUACCAGCACCUGGACCGGCAAGCGCGCGAGGCUUACGACGAGUUCGAGCUGCUGGUGCGGAAAUACGAAACGGAUGCAUACUCGGUGCGGACAUGCAUGGACGAGUGCACGACUGUCUACAAACACUGGCUGUGUUCCCAGUACUUCCAGACCACGCAGAUGCACUGCAGCAACAGGAUCCCAUGCAGGCAGUACUGCCUGGAGGUCCAGCAGAGGUGUCCCUUCAUAUUGCCUGACAACGAUGAGCUCAUUUAUGGCGGAAGCCCUAGUUUUAUAUGCACAGGGCUCCUAGAGGACAACCCUUCAGAUGCAGAAGCAGAGUGCUGUGACGUUCGAUGGGACAGCAAGCCAGACAACAGCUCCAAAGGGACUCUCAAAAGAACUCACCCGUCAUGCCAACACGGGACAUCCCUGACCUCGUCAGCAGCCUCCAGACUGUGCAACAGCAGGCUCAAACUCUGCCUGCUGGUUCUAGUCCUGCUCCAUACUGUCGCCACAAUCACAGCCUCCCAUAACCUCACCACCAUCUCCUCCCUGGAGGAGAACUCCACUAAUGAGGAGGGAUGAGGAGGCCGUUCAUUGCAGCCAGCAAAGCACUUCGGAGCUCAGUCCAGUGGGAUGGACCCUGGAACUACUGCAGUGCUUUCUGGGACAUGUAGUGCAGGACAGGAUUUUGUGGACACGCAAUCAACCAAGCAAAACAAACAAACAGACAUUAAAUAACACUGGACAAACUGGACAAACUUAAUCCAAUGUCAAGAACAAGGGACAACACCACAGCCUUUGUUGAAAGAGGCCACUCUAGGGCGGAGUUCUCUCGCACCAUAUUUUUUACACUGUGUCUAUGGUUUAGAUUUCUGUUGCACUAGAUGACUACAGGAUCUAUUCAUGUUCUCGUUUUCUUUUCAUUACUGGUCUUUGUGCAGGAAGGAAUGGGACACAUGGAUGGGUUACAUGUAAAAGUAUCAAGAUGAAAAGUUGAGCGUGUGCAUGUGAGUGUGUGUGCGCGUGAAUAUCCGUGUCCACUGAUAUGUUUUUGUUUAGAAUCAUAGUACUAUCUAUUGAAUGCUGCUCUGUCCAUCACAAGGAUUACUAUGGAGCCUCUAAAAUGGUUUGAAUAGGUCUAAAUUUUCAAAUCUACCUAAUUGAAUGUCCAAAUCCUCAGCUGAAGCCCAGAUUCACUGAUUCUCCCUCACUAAAGUCGAGUGUGCAGACAGUUUUGUUGCUAUUUUGAUGUCAGUGGUGCAGCAGGUCAGGAGCUUUCCAAGCCCCAAGUGCGUAUGCAUGCAGCAUACUGAAAGGGUAAAGUGGUUGAUAAAGCAUUUGUCAGACUGAAAUCUUUGGAAUAACUUUUGCUGCACAGGCAAACGUUUUCUCUUUUGUAUGUCCACUCAACCUGCACAAAAACAACAUAAAUUCAGUUUUUUUUCUGCCCCUGGUAGUAUAUUUAUAUAGACAUAUUCUCUUCUAUAUUCUAUAACUGCAUGUUAUUAUCAAUGUUUAGACGAAACAGCCUAAAUUUCAUGAAUAAAUCCAAAUGAUCUGAGGACAUCACGUUCAUAGCGCAACACGUUUGAUGCAGAGGUCUCAGCUGAAAUGACUCCUGUUUUUAUUUAGACUGUGGACUU